AUGAGGCCGGUCCUUUGGUGGGGAGAUUUGAAGGUGCCGCGACUUGGUUGUCUCUGGAUGGAGGGGACCUUUACCCUUGCUGAGCCUAGACUGGACCAGGGCACUAUGGCAAGAGUGUACUGGCUGGUUUGGCUUGGUAUGCCCAACAUCCUAGCUAAGGUCAUGUUGGGAGCCCUGGAGUGUGGUAGUCAUGCUCCAGCUCGAUGUUCUUGGUAUGAAGACGUUCAUAUUUCUCGGACAUCUUGGGAACACUGGCGUGGAGGCACUCUACCUUUGCCUAGAGAUUGGCAUCUACUGAAGGUUUCCUUUGGGAGGUGUCCCCACGGGGGGUAUGGUGCUGAGUAUCGUGGCUAUCCUCGUCGACAUAGCAGAGUGUGGGGUGAAGAAAGGUGA